AUGUUUUAUUUUAAACAUGGUCAUUAUGACAAAGCAUUUUCAGAUCUUGAAAAAGCAUUAGAGCAAUACGGCAAAGUUUUAAAUAACCCUGAAAAGUCAUUAGAAAUCAAAUCAAAUUAUGCUAAUGCAUUGAUUCUUCAAGCAAAAAUUUGCUUUAAUCUCGAGAAAUACGAAGACACAAUCCGAUUGUUAAAUAAGGCUUUGGAAAUUGACCACGGAGCAAGAUUAUAUUAA